AUGCCCUUGAAUGACACAACUAUGGACAGAGGAGGGCUGGUAGUGGAAAGGGACUUCUCCUUCCGUAUCCUUACUGCUUGCUUCCUUUCACUAUUGAUCUUGUCUACACUUUUGGGAAAUACGUUGGUUUGUGCAGCUGUCAUCAGGUUCCGCCACCUAAGGUCCAAGGUGACCAAUUUUUUUGUCAUCUCCUUGGCUGUUUCUGACCUCCUAGUAGCUGUCUUGGUCAUGCCCUGGAAAGCUGUUGCAGAGAUUGCGGGUUUCUGGCCCUUUGGCUCCUUCUGCAAUAUCUGGGUGGCAUUUGAUAUCAUGUGUUCUACGGCCUCCAUUCUAAACUUAUGUGUCAUCAGUGUUGAUAGAUAUUGGGCUAUUUCCAGUCCCUUUCGCUAUGAGAGAAAAAUGACCCCCAAGGCAGCCUUCAUUUUGAUCAGUGUUGCUUGGACUUUGUCUGUGUUGAUUUCCUUCAUUCCAGUGCAGUUGAAUUGGCACAAGGCCAGACCCCUGAGCUCACCAGAUGGGAAUGUUAGUUCGCAAGAUGAGACAAUGGACAACUGUGACUCUAGCCUGAGCAGGACAUAUGCCAUCUCUUCUUCUCUUAUUAGCUUUUACAUUCCAGUGGCUAUCAUGAUAGUCACAUACACGAGGAUCUACAGGAUUGCACAGAAGCAAAUAAGACGAAUCUCAGCUUUGGAGAGAGCAGCUGUUCAUGCCAAGAACUGCCAGAACACGACUGGGAAUGGGACAAAUGUGGAGUGUUCCCAGCCAGAAAGUUCCUUCAAGAUGUCCUUCAAGAGAGAAACCAAAGUUUUAAAGACUCUGUCAGUGAUCAUGGGAGUGUUUGUAUGUUGCUGGCUACCUUUUUUCAUAUUGAACUGCAUGGUGCCCUUCUGUGAAUCUGAUUUGCCUUCUGGGGAAACAAAACCCUUCUGUAUUGAUUCUAUUACCUUUGAUGUUUUCGUGUGGUUUGGAUGGGCAAAUUCCUCACUGAACCCUAUCAUUUAUGCCUUUAAUGCUGACUUCCGAAAGGCAUUUUCUACUCUCUUAGGAUGCUACAGGCUCUGCCCCACUGCCAACAAUGCGAUAGAGACAGUUAGCAUCAACAAUAAUGGGGCUGUGUUUUCAAGCCACCAUGAGCCCAGAGGGUCCAUUUCUAAGGACUGUAAUCUGGUUUACCUGAUUCCACAAGCUGUCACCUCCAGAGAUCCAAAGAAGGAAGAAGGUGGAGGAUCCAAGCCUUUGGAGAAAACCUCUCCGGCUUUAUCUGUCAUUUUGGAUUAUGAAGUUGAUCUAUCUUUGGAAAAGAUUAACCCCAUCACACAGAAUGGACAACACAAGACCUGA